CUGGGAAGGUACUGCUAGUGCUAGUGCAUAUGGACAACGGCCGUGACGUCAUACAGCGCAACAAACCAGAACGGGUCGGAUGGUUCCACUCCGUGCAUGCACCGUCACGAACACGGAACACCAUGAGCGAGCGAGAGCCAGCGCCGCCCGAUGCUUACAGUCCACUCCCGCACCGCAUCUGCAUGACGCCAUGCGCGCGCGGCUGGUGGCACACUGGCACUGGCACCGCACCACCCCACCCCACCCUCCUCCGCUAGGCGCUUACAGUAUAAAUCCAGCAACAGACGCGAAGGAACGUACGCCGCAGGCGGUGUACCUGGCCGUGCAUCUAGUAAGUAGCCAUGGAAGAGUUCCAGGAAGCCGACAUGCUGUGGCCGGACGUUGCCCUUGCCCACAACCACGGCUACCACCGCCCGGCCGACUCCUCCCACGGCCGCUGCCGCCAGCACCUCACAGAUCAGCCGCAACAACCACGUCCAGGCGCCGCGGUCGUCCACCCACUACAGUCCUCGCCUGUGCGCAUCCCCUCGAUGCCGCCGAUGGGGCCGCGCCCGACGAGCAGGGGUUCGUGGACGCGCAGCUACAAGGAGGAGGAGGACGACGACGACGAUGGCGCAGAAGAAGUGGGGGUCGUGCCGCCGCACGUCCUGGCGGCGAGGCGGUGCGGGGAGGAGCGGAGAGUGGCCUCGUCGGUGUGCGUGGGCCACGGCCGCACGCUCAAGGGCCGUGACCUCCGAGCCGUCCGCAACGCCGUGCUCCACAUGACCGGAUUCCUCAGCAGCUCCGACAAGUAGAUUAUUAAGCAGCUCGCUAUAUUCCGGCAAUAUUAAGACAUGUUCGUUUGUGUCGAAUUACACCUGAAAUCGUUCCAGUUAAUCAAAGUUUAUAUAAAUUACAGAAGCAAUCCGGUUAGUAA